CUGCCCCCCGCGCCCCGACCCUCCUCCAAGUCCGUCACCUUCUGCUCCCACUGUAAGUACGAGAAACCCUACAAGCUCUCAGACCGAGACCUACGCUACUACUCAGACCCAGGACGAGACAUCCCUAAAACGAAGAAAAAACCCAAGGAACUCAACAGAGACUCCACUGAUAGCGACCUGAAGUACUACUCCGAACCUGACGCGAAAAACUACUUCGAAAUUGACUAUGAAUUCUUGAAAGAGCUGCGCAGAAUCGCUAGACAUAACUGCCCUAAAUGCAGACGCAAGAGAUCCAGAAAUUAUAAAGAGACUAGAAAAGAGAAAACCAAAAAACCGACAAGACCUAAGGCGACCUAUGUCUAUUGUAAUGGAAGAUACCAUAGCAAUCAGGAGCAUUGCCAGCUGUGUUGCCGCGUUUGUAACAAAUCUACAGACACGCUUGACUCUAUUGAUGAUGAUCAGUACUCCCUUGUGUCUAAAAGCUAUUCCUUAUCUUCUAGCAGAGCGACUACUAGCUCCAGAUCGCGAUCGACGCCUAAAACUAGGGAACGGAAGAAUUCCACGCAAUCUAUUAAGUCUGUUUCAUUCUUAGAGUCCAGCAAUGAGGAGUCGAGAAAGGAUGAACCGAACUACACAGCCAAGAGUUUCACUAAUGAUUUAAAACAGUUUCUGCUUAAACCAACUCCACCACGCUUAAGUUUAAGAGAUAAGUUCAUCAUCAGCUUCAAACAAGAGUUCGAAGCGACCAAAAAAUCCCCAAAACUCAAAGCCAUUAAAGGCCUUUGGAAAUCUUAUUAAAUCCUUCUUUUUGGUGCAUUUAAAGAAUUUAUUUGGUGCUUAUUUGGACGGACGUCCCGUUAUUUAAUUUGGUAACAACGUAAGUGUUCAGAAUGGUCUAAAAUCGUAGUAAACCAAUUAUUUGGUGCUAAGUACUCUUUUAUAAGCUCUGACAAGCGUUAUACUCUACAAACUUCAAAAUGCCUAUAACUGCAGACAAUUUUAAAUGGCACAAGUGUUUUAUCUCGUAAAACUAUUUGCUAUAAUCUUUGUAAUGCCUAAAUUUAGAUGUUUAGAUGCAUUUUUCUUAUUCUGCUCGUAGCAGUUUA